CUUUUCCGUCUCCCUGAUUCUUGUCUUUUUGAUGCGGAUGCAAGAGUAAGCAAGCACGAGGCUCGGUCCGCUCUCUGAGAGAGAGAGAGUUCCAAACCUCGGAGCAUGGCCUCCGGCCAGGAUUCCGCUGGGACGACGCUGAUGGAUCUCAUCACAUCGCAUCCCUCUGAAGUCGCUGCUACCAGCACUUCGUCCAACUCCCCGGCUCCCUCCUCCACGCUUGGCAAGCCCACGACCACGGGCUGGAACCCAAAGAGGGCUUCUCUGAUGCAGAUCCAGAAUGAUACCAUCGCCGUAGCCAAGGCCCUCAACCCAGUCAAAGCCAUUCCACAACGACAAAAUAGGAAGCCUGUUUCAUACGCUCAACUGGCACGUAGUAUCCAUGAGCUUGCCGCAACAUCAGAUCAGAAAGCCUCCCAGAAGCGGUUGUUGCAUCAUGUGUUCCCUAAACUUGCUGUAUACAACUCAGUGGAUCCUUCUUUAGCUCCAUCUCUCCUCAUGCUUCAUCAACAAUGUGAGGACAGGAAUAUUUUACGUUAUGUUUACUACUAUUUGGCUAGAAUUUUGUCAGACAGUGAUGCACAUGGACUAAGUCCUGGUGGUGGGAUACCCACUCCUAACUGGGACGCACUUGCCGGCAUUGAUGCUGUUGGAGGGGUCACCAGGGCAGAUGUUGUACCAAGAAUAUUAGGCCAACUUACUUCUGAGGCCUCGAACGCUGAUGUCGAAUUUCAUGCACGAAGGCUUGCAGCCUUGAAGGCCCUCACUUCAGCGUCAGCUAGCGAUUCGGAUGUUGUGGCUAAGUUGUAUGAAAUUGUGUUUGACAUUCUUGAGAAGGUUGGAGAUACAAAACAAAAACGUAAGAAGGGCAUUUUUGGCAAGCAAGGUGGUGACAAGGAGUCUAGCAUACGCUCUAAUUUGCAGUAUGCUGCUAUUAGUGCCGUAAGAAGACUUCCGCUAGAUCCUGGUAACCCAUUCCUCCAUCGGGCUAUACAAGGGGUUUCAUUUGCGGACCCUAUUGGUGUAAGACAUGCCCUGGCAAUCAUCUCAGAUAUAGCCACAAGAGAUUCAUAUUCUGUUGCUAUGGCCUUUGAGUUAGAAAGCUUGCACAACCUGGAGGAAGCAGCUAUGUUUGCUGACCUCAUACAAAUCUGCAAUCGGAAAGUUAAAAGUUAUAAUAAAAUGGAAGAAUUUGAGGAAAACCCAGACUUGUUUCCCUCUCUUCUCGGUUGCUUGCAUGCGUCAAAAUGGAUCCUCUUUGGUACCGCAGUAGAGAAGCUCUCGGCCUGCCUGCAUGCUGCAGCUGUGAGUUGUUCAGGAAAUGGGAAAGAGCAGGGCAGCAGCGCUUAUGCCGAGCGCUAUGGGCACACGGUUGAUCUCAACUUUACACAUCUUCGACAAAUGCAGAGUCAAUUGAUUCAAGAUCAAAUGAUGGCUCAUCAAACGGAAGGCUUCCAGAGCCCUCUUAUCCUUAUCUAUAUGGGCAGUGGUAGCGAUACUAGUUGCAGGCUGCCUACUAGGGUUCCUCUGAAGCAUUUGCGCUGCUUUAAGGCAACAGACAUGGCUGUCACCUUGCUUGAGAAUAUGCAAGAAUAUUUCCCACAAAAGCCCCUGGAAAAAUUGAUGCCGAGUGAUGCUGCAUAUGGAAUGAGUGGGAUGCCAAGUGCAGUAAGAAUAAUUAAUUGUGGCAUAAUGAGGUUCAUUGUGUUGGAUUUUCGUUUUAGAUCUUCUGAAGCUGCAUUAAGCUAUUUCCAUAAUAGUCUUCUGAAUACAGGAAUUUCACUUGCCUCGUUGGAGCUGGACCUGAUGGAAAAACACAGCAUUGGAAGCAGUUACUAUAAUAGGGGUUUUAAAGCAUCUGAUCCAAAGUCAGCUCUGGCACUGCAGAGACUGGUGCAGGCUGCAACACAGAUAAAAUGGUUAGCUGCCGCUAGUUCUCGAAUCCCUACUCUUGCUGGUGCACUCACUCGACUUCAAAGGUGUGCAUUUAGUGGGAGCUGGGAGGUACGGAUUGUUGCUGCUCAAGCUCUCAUAACCAUAGCAAUUAGAUCUGGAGAGCCUUACGGUUUGCAGGUAUAUGAAUUUUGCAUGCUUUUAGCACAAGUGUGGGUGCAAACUCAAUUUUCAGAAUUGCAACUUAGUAAUGGGGAAGAUCAAGGUGCUAGCGGUACCGGUCUUGGAUCUUUAAUUUGUCCAAUGUUAAAUGUCCUUGAUGAAAUGUACAGAGCACAAGAUGAUUUGAUUAGAGAUAUGCGUAACCAUGAUAACAACAAGCAAGAAUGGACAGAUGAAGAACUCAAGCAACUUUACGAGACACACGAGAAACUUCUUGAUCUGGUGUCUUUGUUUUGUUUUGUUCCACGAGCAAAAUAUCUUCCCCUUGGCCCUACAAGCGCCAAGCUCAUUGACAUUUAUCGGAACCGGCAUAAUAUUAACGCAUCAGCUGGAUUGAAUGACCCUGCUGUAGCUAUGGGGAUAUCUGACCUUGUAUAUGAAUCAAAUGUAACGCAUAAAGAACCCAAUUCAAUUGAUCCUGAAUUAGCGAUGGCAUGGGCUGCAGGACUUGAUGAUGGCCUUUUAGGAAGCAAUGCUCCAGCAAUGGAUCGGGUGAAUGAAUUUCUUGCUGGUGCUGGAACAGAUGCGCCUGAUGUGGAUGAUGAGAAUAUCACCUCUCGGCCAUCAGUUACUUACAAUGACAUGUGGGCUAAGGAGCUUCUUGAAAGUUAUGAAGUGGAGGAAGAUGAUGGAAGGUCAUCUGGAACAUCCUCUCCUGAGUCUACUGGCUCUGUUGAAACUUCUAUCUCAUCCCAUUUUGGUGGCAUGAAUUACCCAUCCUUGUUCAGCUCACGUCCGUCUGGCUAUGGGAUUUCGCAACAAUCGGAGAGCAAGUCCACCAGCAGGUUUGGUUCAUCUUCAGCUUUUGAGGGGAGGGAAUCUCCGGUCAGAGAAGAACCUCCAUCAUACUCAACAUCUGUCAUGCAGAGAUUUGAAUCAUUUGAAAAUCCUUUAGCUGGCUUAGGUGGCCAGAGUUUUAACAAGCGUGAAGAUGAGGAAAGCACAGGGAAUCCACAGUUUGGAAAAGCUUUAUAUGACUUCACUGCAGGUGGUGAGGAUGAGCUGAGCCUGGAUGCAGGAGAAGAGGUUGAGAUUGAUUAUGAGGUCGAUGGUUGGUACUAUGUAAAGAAGAAAAGACCUGGGAGAGAUGGAAGAAUGGCUGGAUUGGUUCCAGUUCUUUAUGUCAGCUCUUGAUUGGUUCAUCUCCAGAAAUGUUCUGCUGGCUUACUCCUUGAUUCCUUCACCUGCUUCAGCCUGCUCUUACAGUACCUCCUCGUGUAUCUUAUGAGUGAUCUACCGGAGUGGGUUGAUCAUGGUAUGAAUUACACGCAAGGAUAGGUUGUUUUUUUUUAAUAUUUUUAUUUUUUAUAUUUUAUUUUUUUAUCAAAGUAGUUCCAUCUGAACUGGCGGUUUGUAUGCUAUUGGUUUCUAUAACUAAAUUGGGUCUGUGAGUGCCAUAGCUGAUUUCUCUGUUCACUGGUCUGGGAUACAUGCCUUCAGUUUUGUCAGAUGAUCCCUUGUGAAGAUUUAUUUGUACACUAACUGAAAUUCGUGAAUAUCUUUCUGACACCAUUGUGGUUUGGAAAGGAUAAUAAAUACUGGUAAAAGUUUGGUCCUACUCAA